CUCUCUCCUGCAGUGGUGUACUGGUGUAGUGGUGUAGUGGUGUCUGGUCAGGGAUAAGGUUGUCAAACACAAAUACAUGGUUCAAUUCGUCCUACACACCCUCUUUAGUGACAGCCAUUCACUUUUCAUGACCCCUUCCUUCUCCCUUCUCCUCUCCAUCCUGGCAUGCAUUGUUUUGAUUCAUUCUUCCUAAGAAGUAGGCUGUAUUGAUUUUAGUCGUGUUUGUUGGAAAAUUCAGCUAAUCGAGGAAGGAACCCAGUGAUUAACGUGCUUUUGGUGUGCGAGUGUAUGUACCAUUGUUACUAAUAUGGCCAGAAGCAGUCUGAUUAGGAAUAUCGCAGUGCCCUAGAGACCUUACGCCAACCUCAGAGCCCAAAAUCAACUCAACUUUGACACGGCCUCGCUUUAGCCCCUCGCCCUCACCAAAAUAAUGGGUUCCAACUCUUUUUUAAGCGAAAGGGAAGUCUCCAUAGGUAAAUUAGAACGGGGCCUGUACGUGUCUCGAUUUCAUUGGAAGAAAAAGCCCGAGCGCAAGCUCUUGGCAGUUCGUCGGGAAACCCUACUAUUGACAUGGUCUCGUAUUCUCCCGUCUGUUCACAGUGGUCAGACGUCGUCCAAUAAUUUGAUGGCAGGGGGGAACUUGCAUCGAAAUCAAUUCGAUGGGGCUGUGGACAUUCGUGAAAUUCGGGAGAUUCGACAGGGUUCCAAGAAUUCGAAAGAUUUUAUCCGAUGGGCCGAAGAUUUACCUCUGGACAGUAAAAAACGCUGUUUCGUCAUCUUUUAUGGCUCGGAAUUCAAUCUCAAGUCCCUAUCAUGUUUAACGCUUUAUCCUGACGAAUGCCCCCUAAUAUGCCAAGGCAUCGCUUAUCUUCUGGAAGAUGUUCGUCGAGCCUCUAAUAGACUACACCAAGAGCGUUGGUUCCGCAAAGCGUUUUAUGAAAUGGAAUCUCCAGCCCGCGAGGGAUUACUAACAUUGUCAGAUUUGAAGAAAUUCAUGCAAAAAAUAAGCUGUAAGAUGGCAACGUCUACCCUCAAAGAAAAGUUCUCUCAGUAUGAUCGAAACCACUCGGGUGAAAUUGGUUUCGAUGAUUUUUGUGCUCUUCUUCAAGAUGUGCUCUUCGAUAAGCAGCUCUUCAAGGAAGGUCUCGCUUCCUUCAGCUCAAACGGUACUCAUGUUACUUUAGACGAGUUUCAUUUGUUUUUGGAACAUGAGCAAAACGAAGCCUCAGACAAAAACAAUGUUGCCCAAAAAAUGAUGAACUAUCUUCAAGAUUCAUCACGUCAUGUUCAUGAGCCCUAUUUUCACACCACUGAAUUCUUGGAUUGGCUUUUCUCAAAGGAUAAUCAACUUUUUGAUCUGACUAGACAUGCGUUCAUCAAUAAUGACAUGUCAAAACCCCUUUCGCAUUACUGGAUUUCUUCAUCCCACAACACUUAUCUUACUGGUGACCAAAUCUCAUCGGAAAGUUCAGUCGAAGCCUAUGCACGAUGUCUAAGAAUGGGUUGCCGAUCCGUGGAAUUGGAUUGUUGGGAUGGGCCGGACGGACCACUUAUCUACCACGGCCACACUCUCACGUCCAAGAUAAAAUUCUACGACGUUGUCAAGACCAUCCAAGAGCAUGCCUUUGUGACUUCUCAAUAUCCACUGAUAUUGUCAAUCGAGGACCACUGCUCUCUGGCUCAACAAAGAAAGAUGGCUCAGAUAUUUCAAGACGUCUUUGGUGAUAUGCUCAUAUCUGCUCCCAUUGAUAAGAAUGAAAAGAUUCUCCCUUCACCGGAAAAAAUGAAGCGCAAAAUCAUACUCAAACACAAGAAAUUACCCGAAGGCGUUGAUGAAAAUACCAAGAUAUCGAUUGAUGUCACUGGGGACAACGUCCAUGGGAUGGAUAUCUCUAAUUCGGUGCAGAGUGGCAUUCUAUUUUUGCAAGAUCCAGAUGAGAUGGAAUGGAAAUCACACUUCUUUGUACUGACGCACAACAAAAUCUUCUAUUCAGAAGUGAAGACUGAGGUAGAAGAAGGUGAUGGUGAUGGUGACGGAGACAGUCUUUCAAAUGAAAGUGGAAUGACUCGUAAUUCGUCCAUGGUCUCGAAUACAUCCGCUCAGAGUGCUCCCGGUGGCGUUGAUCUGUCAGAAUUACAUUUCUCCGAGGCCUGGUUCCACGGCAAUCUUGAGCGAGGCAGGGAGACAGCUGAGAAAAUGCUGAUGGAUAACGCUCACAUGGGUGAUGGCACUUUCAUCGUUCGAAAGAGUCAAACCUUCAUUGGAGAUUACAGUUUAUCUUUUCUUCGUAAAGGACGGGUGUGGCAUGUCCCCAUCAAAUCUCGUCAACAGGAGAAUGGUAAUAUUCGUUACUACCUGGUGGAUCAAGUUUUUUUCGACUCGUUGUAUUCCUUGAUCACACAUUAUCAGACGAACCCAGUUGUUUCACCUAAAUUCUCGAUUAUCUUGGGACGAGCAGUUCCUCCUCCUAAUCAGCAUGAAGGAAUGUCGUGGUACCACGCAAACUGCUCUAGACAACAGGCUGAAGAAAUGCUUUCGCGUGUUUCCUUAGAGGGUGCUUUCUUGGUUCGCAUUGGCGAACGUGUCUCGAAUUCAUUUGCCAUCACAUUCCGAGCUGAACGGAAAAUCAAACAUUGCCUAAUAACAAGGGAAGGUCGAAUAUACACGAUUGGAUUGUUGCAUUUUGAAAGUCUCGUGGAUUUGAUCAAAUAUUACGAAAAGCAUCCUCUCUACCGGGCAGUCAAGCUGUCCACUCCAAUUAAUCAAGAUGUCUUAUCCAAACGUGGCUUGAAUGGACUCAUGGAUUCAGACGAAGUGUAUGCUUCUUCAGGUUACAUGGACCCUUCCAAUUUCACCUCAAAUAUAAAUGUUAAGGCAAUGUAUGAUUACAAAGCCAACAAAAAUGAUGAACAUUCCUUUACAAAGGGCGACGUAAUCACCAAUGUGAAUAAACAGGAAUGUGGAUGGUGGCGUGGAGAUCUGAAUGGUCGUAGACAGCAAUGGUUUCCAGCCAAUUUUGUUGUGGAAGUUGAUUCCACCGAAGUUGAUGAUCUCAAUAAUGAACAGAUGCCUUUAGGAAGCUUGCAGAAAGGAUUUAUUGACAUUUUAGGAGCUCAAGUAACCAUUAGCCUCAACCCAGAGCCACAUCCUACGUUGGAGUGGAUUGUGCGAAUCGAAUGCCCUAAUCCAGAUUCCGUAUUUGAUAACAAAAAAACGUUUCAAAUGGCCACUCGAAACAGACAAGAAGCCAGUGAUUGGGCCAACAAGAUCAGAGAAACGGCAGUGUCUGCCUCGCACAGGGAAGAUGAAAAUCGGCGGAAAGAACGAGCCAUGCGGAUUGCUCGCGAACUCUCAAAUUUGGUAAUUUAUUGCCGGUCUGUAGUAUUCAAUCAUGAGCGAUGUUUGCGUCGAGAGGAAAGAAAUCACACCGAAAUGUCUUCGUUCCCGGAGACAAAGGCCGAAAAACUCGUAGCUGCCGGACCUGACAGCAUUCAAAUGUUCAAUUGGUAUCACACAGUUCAAUUGAGUCGGGUUUACCCAAAGGCCCAACGUGUAGAUUCGUCCAACUACAACCCCAUGCCAAUGUGGAACAUGGGAUCGCAAAUGGCUGCUCUUAAUUUUCAAACGGGUGACAAACCAAUGCAGUUAAAUUGUGCGAAGUUCAUGCAGAAUGGUAAUUGUGGUUAUGUGUUGCGACCUGAGUUCAUGUUUAACGAGGAAUACUCGCCCUAUGACGCACGAUCUAUAUCUGGACAAGAGGUGGCUCUCUUGGGGAUCAAAAUCUUAGCUGCUCGUCACCUCAGCCGAAAAAGUGGAAGGGGUAUAAUUUCACCCUUUGUCGAGGUUGAAAUAUGCGGUGCUGAAUAUGAUAACGCCAAAUUCAAGACCAAAACUGUUAGCGACAAUGGGUUUAAUCCUUUUUGGAAUGAAUAUUUCGAAUUCAAAAUACUCAACCCGGAAUUAGCUUUACUGAGGUUUGUUGUUUAUGAUGUAGAUAUGUUUGGUGAACCCAAUUUUUUGGGCCAUUUCACUCUUCCGUUGAAAUGUAUGAGAACUGGAUUCCGUUCUAUUCCUCUCAAAAACGCCUUCAGUGAAGACCUAGAACUUUCCGCCCUCUUGAUUCAUGCAACAAGGCGUAGCUGCGGCCAAAACGUCGUAAGUAAAGAUCAAGGACGAGCUUCUGAUUCAGCGGAGUUAUCUGAUUUUGGAGAGGCGGAUCUAAUUGAAACCGCUUUAGCCGAUUUUCCGGGCAAUCGACCGAAGCCCAAAGGAUAGAAAUUCUUCGGUAUUUACAAUGAGUAAUGCGAAUACCUGAUUCAAAAUAUUGUCAUAAUCUGCAACCCAUUUAACACUUGCGUUGUUUCAAUAAAGAGUGUCAUUUUAUUAGA